CAGUGAUCACCUCCGGAGAGAGAGAGAGAGAGAGAGAGAGAGAGAGAGAGAGAGAGAGGGUGUACGAGGAUGCUGACUGGUGGGAUGAGCUCCUCCCGCUGGCUGACUGAAGUUUGACGUUCAGAGCUCAAACACCAUAACUUGCUCUCUCUCCGUCUCUCUCUCUCUCUCUACAGGUUCAAUGGCGUCGGCCUCCUCCUCGUACGCCUAUCUCUCAGCUCCUCUGCCUCUUCCCUUUCCAUCUCCAAAGCCUCACCCCGCCCUCUUCCCUCUCUCCACUCACCUCCGUGGAUUCCUCAAACAACGCCGUUCCUCUAUUUCUCUCUGCCUCCGCCGCCACCACGCUCCUCCUCAUCUCCCCCCGGACCCUCCGGAUGACAAUCCACUGAAUCCGCUCGCCCUCUCCGCCGUAUUCUUCUCCCUCGCCCUCGGUUUUGCCUCUUCAUCUCUCGUCUCCCGCCGCUCUGUUGCUCUAGCCUCCGAUUCUCCCCCCGUCGCCGUACUUCAGCGGGAGCUGGACCAGCCCGAGGAGCCCCUCCGCAACAACCGAGGUGAUGAAAUCGGUAGGACUGAUAAUUAUUAUCGAAAUGAGGAGAAGGGAGAAAAAGUGGAGGAAGGAGAAGAAGCCGAAGAAGAAGACAGAGAGUUGAAAGAGGCAUUCGAGAAAUGGAAAUCAAAGUCGUUCGCGUUGACGGUACCCUUACGAGUUGUUGCUCUUCGGGGCUCUGUUCCUCCUUCCUGGGUUAAGGAGUUUAUGCAGUCUCAAGGAAAGAGAUCGAGUCUGCAGUUUAAGAUGCGCGAGAAUCUCGAAGGAAUCUUCUCGGAUAUGUCGGCUGCCUUCACCAAAGGCAGUGUCAAGAGCUUAUCUACUGCAUCUGCAGAUCUUGUUACUGUUGGAGACUCGUGGCUCAGUUUUGCUAUCAAGCAGGGCUUGAUUGAGCCCAUAAAUGGGGCGGAAGACCAGGACUGGUUUAAAAUCUUGAGCAACAAAUGGAAGGUAUAUUUACGCAGGAAUUCUGAGGGGGACAUAGAUCCUGAUGGUAAAAUAUGGGCAGCGCCUUAUAGAUGGGGUACCAUGGUUAUCGCAUACAAGAAAAGUAAAUUCAAGGAGCUUCAUUUGGACCCAAUUGAGGAUUGGGCAGAUUUGUGGCGACCUGAGCUUUCUGGGAGAAUUGCCAUGGUCAAUUGCCCCAGAGAGGUUGUCGGUGCUGUUUUGAAGCACAUGGGGGCGUCGUACAAUACAAAAAACAUCGACUCAGAAGUAGUUGGUGGAAAGGAUGUUGUUGAGCAAAACAUGGCAAUGUUAGCAGAACAGGUUCGACUAUUUGAUAGCUCCAAUUAUUUGAAAGCAUUUGGAGUAGGAGAUGUGUGGGUGGCUGUUGGAUGGAGCAGCGAUGUUCUUCCUGCUGUUAAGCGCUUGAGAAAUGUUGCCAUGGUUGUUCCCAAAUCUGGAUCGAGCUUAUGGGCAGAUCUCUGGGCAAUUCCUGCAGCUUCCAGGUUGAACACAACAAAGAUCGGGGGCAGAGUCAGAGGCCCAUCUCCUCUAAUCCAUCAAUGGAUUGAGUUCUGCAUGCAAACUGCGAGAGCACUGCCUUUCACUCACAGCGUGAUCCCGGGUGCCCUUCCUUCUUCAGUUGAAGGUACGGCCGUUCAAGCAACACAAGAUUUCACUGGGGGAAAGAAGCCGAAGCUUGAUACAAAUCUUAUCAGCGGUGUGCCUCCCCCAGAGAUUCUUGCUAGAUGCGAGUUUUUGGAACCAUUACCUGAAGCCUCAUUGGCCGAUUAUAACUGGCUGAUCCUUAAUUUGAAGAGACCAAAUCAGGGUCUUAUCCAGAAUUUGCAGCGCAUAAUCUUGAGAGCCAAGCAAACACUUCAUCUCAAGCGGCAGGAAAAGGUUAGCUCGCAAUAAACUGCCUUCUUUUGCUGCAGUGUGCCAGUCAAGACCAGGUCUGAAGUUGUGCUGUCCCCAGUGACAUGGGUUGAAUGGGAAGAUGGGUACUUCAGAGCUAUGUGCGCAAUAGAUUGACAUCCAAUGGCAAGGAAUGAGUUGACAUAUUUAUGGUCUCCCUCAUAGUUUUCUGUUGUAAAAAGUUUAUUUGGAAGGUCUGGUCUUAGUAAAUGCUCAUCCUAUUGGCUCUUAUCACAUCAGGGUGUAUGAAUUUGUUUUCAUGUACGCCGUAAGCUCUCCGAGCACAGCUGAUGGUUUCAUCGUAAGCCUUCUUCACAAUUCUUCACAAGGGAGCUGAUAAGAACACUUUCUUUUGAGGUUUGCUUGAUGCAGUGCCGAAGAGGUGCCUUACUAUUUUUUAGGCCUGUCUCAGACUCCUCGUGGUUUCUGGUUCAGUCUGCGGAUUUCCAGUGGUAAACUUUCAUCGGGUGCAUCGAGGGUGGCUUGUGCAGAUGAGCUGAGCUGGUCGAAGGCCCUUGCAAUCUUGGAUUUCAGCGAAGGCAAUGGCGGCUAUGGUGGUGCUCGGAGGCUGCAGAGAGGCACCUUAAGGAUGAACUAUCCCGGGCCGCCUGGUGUUUGAAGUAAAUCCAAUCACGAAAAAAGAAACUAUCUAGUAAUUCACAAUACGAAGCUCAAAGAUAUUUGGAGUGGCUCCCUUAAAUAUGAAAAGGUUAACUGUAUAAAAGCACCUUAAGGACUCCCAGGCGGCCAGUCUAGUGCUUGAAGUAAAUCCAAGACUCCUAGGGACCCCCUCGGGACGCUCGAUUGAUCCGUCAAUUAAAUUCGAUCUAAUAAGCUAAGUUCUGGAAGGGAAUGCGACGUAAUAAUGGUGAUCAAGACGGAUUUAGCAGCUUGAAACUCGAGAAAACGACCUUCGUUAACAGGAUUGCGAGCUUAAUCAUUUAGGCCGUACACAGUACAGAUUUAAUCUUCAACUUGUAAAUCAGCCAUUUUAUGAUACGUCGACAGAAGAAACAUAAGUCGGCCAAUUUAUCGAGCAAAAAUUUCAGAAUAUGUAACAUAAAAACGUUAUAACACUAGUGCACGAGAUUAGGGGGCAUGAUAUUAUUACGGUUCAUGGUAUUAGGAACGGAAUCAAACCAAGCCUGACGGGCGGUAGAAACCAAUAACCCCUCCAUCUCGUCCAUAAAAAAUUUCUCUCUCUAGCUGUUGCUCUUUGCUCACCAGCGACUAGAGAGAGAGAGAUGACGAGGGGGAAGCAGAAGAUCGAGGCUCAGAAAAGAAACGCCGAGAGGAAUCAGAAGCCUAAGGCGUCUCAGCUCGAGGCUCGGGCUGUUGGUCUCAAAGUCAUCUGCCCCAUCUGCAAGGUUUGGUGGUUACUGUUCUUGGGUUUGGAGCAGCAAAAUAGAAUAUAAACAAGAAGCAAAAUUCGAGACUUUUGAUAUGCUUAGCUUAAGUUCAGUACCUGCAAGGUGAGGCUUAGUGAUGAUGAAGAUGCCUAACGUUCAACUGGCAAAUCAUAACCAGCUUGUGGAUCAUUAUGGCUCGAAACAUCCAAAGGAAAAGCCGCCUAGCGAGUCGGGUUGACUGCACCUUCAUUCAGUAGAAAGAUCCGAGGAUAAGAGAAGGGGAGACGCCUCCCCCUAUCGUGCUUUUUUAGUACUAAAUCAUAUGAUUGUUACAUGAACAGAAACUUCCAAGCUAAUGUUGUUUGCUGUUUCUGUUGGAUCUCUGAACUGUGUUGGCCAUGUAAUGUCUGUUGCAUCUUGUAUCUAAGUUAAACUCGUUGUUGCAGAGGCUGCCUUAUUCCUGGAAAUCGAAUAAAAUGGUGAGUUUCAAGGAAUA